AUGUCUUCUCAUGGACUCCAGUGUGCUUGCAACAUAUAUAUGGCUAUCCAAGGUGGAGUUGGGUUUUAUAUUGACCUUGUCCAUCGAUUUUGGAGGACCUUGGAGAUUGGAGAAGGGGCGUACAUUCCUGAGUUUUUUUCAGGAGCGAGCUGCAGCAUUGGCUGCAAUGUUCCAGAAAUUCAGAAGGAAAAGGUGACUAAAGAGGUUGUCACUCAACCCACCCAAAAGGCAAAAGCGUCGUCGACCGCCCCUAUCCUGCGGUACAUCCCAAAGUCGCAACGCAAAGAAGGAGAAUCACCAUUUGAGGAAUGCCAGGACCCUAAAAUUGAGGGAAAGGUGGAGAAGAAAGUUGAUGAAGUCGCUCUCCAAGACUUGAAGAGUAAAACAAUCUUUCCCCUAGCUAAGGGUAAAAAGAAUCGAAUCAUCAAGUCGCCUACAGUUGAAGAACCUUCAGGAGUCAAGGAGCUAAACAAAGAAAAGUUUGACCCGAAUGCAUAUAAGCUCCUGGCGAAGUCGGGAUAUGAUUUUGAAAACCCAACACCUAUGGGUAAAGUCAUUGAUGCUAAACCUCAUGGUCUCAAUGACACACAAAAGAAACUUCUGGAGUACGGUGACGGGUUUCAAGAAUCCAAGACGGGGAUAGGAUUUAAACGCCCUACACCAGUCAAAAUCUCGAUAUGGCGAAAAGUGAAUACCUCAUCUUCACAGUAUAUAACUGCAGAAGAGGUUGAAGAAAAUAAAGUUGAAAGUGAUGGUCGGCCAGAAAAGACUUCUGUUUUUGAUCGACUGUGUCCACCUGCAACUAAGAACCAGGCAUCUGUGUUUGACAGGCUUGGUGAACAUGAUAGUAUGAGGAAGAUAUCAUCAAGUCCUCAGACAAAGAGGAAAGGAUCCGUCUUUAGUCGUGUCGGCGUGUCAUCCAUGCCUGACGACCAACCAAGACGUUCGGCACUUAGUCGCAUCAGGAAGAGAAAUAAUGAUGCAAGAAAAAAUGACGACGCAAAGGAAAGUGAUGACGCAAGAAGUGUGGUUCCCUCCCGCAUGAAACGUACUCAAGACAUAGACAUCACCGAACAACAACCUCUUAAAGCAAGGGUUCGUACUGUGGUGUUUACCAAUCAGGAGAAGUCAUCUGAUAAUUUUGCGGAGGACGACCAAGAGUUUGUUUCCUCUAAUCAUGUGACAGCGCAAGAAGUCUCAAAUUCUGAUGAAGAAAUAGAGACCGAGGUGGCUCCCAAAAUACUUGAAGAUGGGGGGCAGACGACUGUGGACGAACUAAAAGAGUUAAACCUUGGAACUCUUGAAGAACCACGUCCUGUGUAUGUUAGCUCUCUUCUCACUCAAGAGGAAGAACAUGAGUAUGCUGAAUUACUCUCAGAGUUUAAAGACGUCUUUGCUUGGAGCUAUAAAGAAAUGCCUGGUCUCGACCCGAGAAUUGCUGUCCAUCGCUUGGCGAUAAAAAAGGGUGUUAGUCCAAAGAAACAAUCUCAAAGACGUUUUAGACCGGAGUUGAUCCCUGAAAUUGAAUCCGAGGUAAACAAACUUAUUGGUGCAGACUUUAUUCGUGAAGUCAAAUACCCCACAUGGAUAGCAAAUGUAGUCCCCGUGAGAAAGAAAAAUGGACAAUUACGGGUUUGUGUGGACUUUCGUGACUUGAACGAAGCAUGCCCGAAAGACGAUUUCCCGCUACCAGUCACGGAAAUAAUGAUAGAUGCUACGACUGGUCAUGAAGCAUUGUCUUUCAUGGACUGUACAGCCGGAUACAAUCAAAUCCGCAUGGCUCCCGAAGAUCAAGAAGCGACAGCGUUCCGCACACCGAAAGGGAUAUUUUGCUAUAAAGUCAUGCCCUUUGGAUUGAAGAACGCAGGAGCCACGUAUCAACGUGCGAUGCAGAAAAUUUUUGAAGACAUGAUGCACAAGAUAGUGGAAUGCUACGUUGAUGACUUAGUAGUCAAGUCCAAAAAGAGGGAGAGUCAUUUAUCUGAUCUCCGCAAAGUCUUUGAAAGAUUACGAAAAUGUCAACUAAAAAUGAAUCCCCUUAAAUGCGCAUUCGGUGUCACAUCUGGAAAAUUUCUAGGUUUCAUUGUCAGGCAUAGGGGUAUCGAAAUUGAUCAGACAAAGAUUAAGGCAAUCCAAGAGAUGCCCGAACCUCGAAACCUUAAAGAACUUCGUGGUCUUCAGGGGCGUUUGGCAUACAUUCGAAGGUUCAUCUCCAACCUUGCUGGGAGAUGUCACCCAUUCAACCAUCUCAUGAAAAAAGAUACUUCGUUUGACUGGGAUGACUCGUGUCGAAAGGCAUUCGAAAGCAUAAAAAAGUAUUUGUCUUCUCCACCAGUGUUGGGGGCACCAGUCAAAGGAAAACCUCUUAUCCUUUACAUUGCUGCACAAGAGCGGUCGUUGGGGGCAAUGUGCGCUCAAGAAAUAGAGGAUCGCAAAGAGACGGCUCUUUACUACCUGAGUCGGACUUUGGUGGGUGCUGAAUUGAACUACUCACCCAUUGAAAAAAUUUGUCUUGCUUUGGUUUUUGCCAUCCAAAAGUUGAAGCAUUACAUGCAGGCUCAUACAGUCCAUGUCAUCUCAAAAGCUGACCCAAUCAAGUAUAUCCUUUCAAGACCAGUUCUCUCAGGACGACUUGCUAAAUGGGUUGUACUCAUAAAACAAUAUGACAUUGUGUACGUGCCGCAAAAAUCGGUCAAAGGUCAAGCAAUAGCAGAUUUCUUUGCAGAUCAUCCAGUGCCACCUGAAUGGGAGCUUUCUGUUGAUUUGCCUGGGGAGGAUGUGUUCUAUAUUGACGUACUCCCACCUUGGGAAAUGUAUUUUGACGGGGCUGCUCGUCAAGAUGGCGCGGGAGCUGGGGUUGUCUUUUUGUCUCCAGAAAAGCAUGUUCUGACUUACUCGUUUGUGUUAACUCAGUUAUGCUCAAAUAAUAUGGCCGAAUACCAAGCCCUCAUUCUAGGCCUCCAAAUGGCUGUGGGACUAGGAUUAAAGGACUUGGAUAUUUACGGAGACUCACAGCUAGUGAUUAGCCAACUCUUAGGAGAAUAUGAAGUCAAGAAAGAGGAUUUAAUUCCUCAUCACAGACAUGCAACAAAAUUGCUUGAGAAGCUUGACACUGUUAAGUUAAAUCAUGUUCCAAGGAGUGCCAACAAAAUGGCUGACGCACUUGCAGGGCUUGCAGCCACUUUGGCACUGGGGGCAGAAGAAACCAUGUCAGUACCGGUUUGUAACCGUUGGGUCGUUGCGUCAGACAUAGACGAAAUUGAAGAUGAGGAAUAUGAGGAAGUCGACAUGAUCACUGUUCAUCAAAUUGACCAAGAAGAUUGGCGUCAACCAAUUGUUGACUAUCUAAGUCAUCAAAAAUUGCCUAGUGACCCAAGGCAUAGAAUGGAGAUUCGUCGUCGAGCCCCUCGAUUUAUACUUUUUAAUGGAACUUUGUUUCGACGAUCUUUCAACCACUCAUGGUCGAGAUGCAUCGGAGACGAGGAAACAAUGAAAGCCAUGGAAGAGGCUCACGCUGGAAUUUGUGGUGCACAUCAAUCAGGUCCUAAAUUGUAUGAUUGCCUUAAAACAAUGGGCUAUUAUUGGCCAACAAUGGUGCAAGAUAGCAUGGACUACGCGAAGAAAUGUGAAGCUUGUCAGUUUCAUGCUAAUUUCAUCCACCAGCCUCCAGAACCAUUGCACCCUACGGUCUCAUCUUGGCCUUUUGAAGCAUGGGGACUUGACGUGGUUGGUCCAAUUACACCAAAGUCGUCUGCGGGUCAAGCAUAUAUCUUAGCAGCAACUGAUUAUUUCUCUAAGUGGGCGGAGGCCAUUCCUCUUCGCGAGGUCAAGAAAGAAAAUGUCGUCGACUUCAUUCGUACCCACAUCAUUUACAGGUACGGUAUACCUCGACGGAUCAUCACUGACAAUGGGAAGCCAUUCUUCAACACAUUGAUGACAAGUCUUUGUGAGAAGUUUAAAUUCACGCAGCAUAAAUCGUCCAUGUACAACGCUCCUGCAAAUGGCCUAGCGGAAGCCUUCAAUAAAACACUUUGUAAAUUGUUGAGCAAAGUUGUUUCAAAAUCAAAACGCGACUGGCAUGAAAGGAUAGGGGAAGCUCUUUGGGCUUACAGGACGUCAUACAAAACAGCAACACAAUCAACCCCAUACGCUUUGGUGUAUGGUGUCGAAUCUAUUUUGCCUUUGGAACUUCAAAUUCCAUCAUUGCGAGUAGCUAUUCAAGAAGGGUUGACUAAGGAUGAUAAUGACAAACUUCGUCUAGUAGAGUUAGAGGCACUUGACGAGAAAAGACUGCAGGCACAACAGAAAUCGGAAUGCUAUCAGGCUCGUCUGUCACGCGCAUUCAACAAGAAAGUUCGACCUCGCUCUUUUCAAGUGGGGGACAUAGUUCUAGCAGUGAGACGACCUAUCAUUACUUCACGUAAGACUGGAAGUAAAUUCACUUCAAAAUGGGAUGGUCCAUAUGUUGUGCAAGAGGUAUACACUAAUGGGGCUUACAAAAUCGUUGACGCAGAAGGACUACGCGUGGGGCCUAUCAACGGCAAGUUUCUAAAGCGGUACUACUCAUGA